AUGGAAUUCGAUGAGAUUGUUGUCAAAGAGAGCCCGGGUUUAUGCCGGUGCUGCCUUUCGGAAGGAUGUUACAAGGACCUGGCCACUGAAUAUACAUGGAUGGAUGAUACCGAGGUUUACGCUGAAAUGUUACUGGAAUGCUUUGAUAUAAGUAUAUCACAGCACAAUGAAGGUCCAAAUGGGCCCAACAGGCUAAUAUGCGAGGUGUGCAUCACCCGAUUGAGAGAUGCAUGCAAUUUUAAGAAGCAGGUUCUGGCAUCUGAGAAGAAGUUUGUAGAUAUGAUUGGCCGUGGAGCAUUUAAGCCUAAAGUUGUGGUUUAUCAAACUCCAAUUAAAGCAGAAGUUAAUGUUGAUGCACCUCAGGAUGCUGAUGAACCAGAAGUGGAGUACCUUGAGGAUAACAUGAAUUUCGAAGAUGCUGAACUAAUGAAAGAUGAUGAGCCAACGGAGCAGUUGGGCGUCGCAGAAGACAUAACCGUUGCAACUCUACCCGUCAAAGGCAAAAGGGGUCGACCACGGAAGAACGCCGCCAUAGCAAAAAGCGACAAGAAAGCGAAGUUGACUAAAGGCGAGGAAAAACCUAAGGCAUCGAAGUCCAUCUCAAAAGGGCGC